AUGGAAAAACAUCAGUUACGCGACAGUCGAUCAUCUCGCAAUCCUGCUAACCGCAUACCCCGCGGUUAAUUUCUCUCUUACUCGCGCCGUUUAUUCGUAUUUUCAUUCCUCCCUCUCUCCCUCUAUAAAACAACACUCCAACCAUCUUUCGACGAUCGAUCGUUCCGAUAUUCUUGUGAUUGUGAAACGAAGGAACAACAAUUCUUCUCGUCAACGACGCUUCCUUGGCUUCUUAUACGCGUAUAUAGAUACUUUUCUUUCUCUUUCUUUUUACGCGCGAUAACGUGAUAAAAUGAAAACACAGAGGGUACAAUCUUAGAAUGUGAUUUUAAUAAUCAGAGUAUAAUAUUAUUCAAUGUAGCGAGCACAGAAUAUAAAUUUAGUCUUUUCCUUCUAUAAAUUAGAUUUUAAAAUAUUACAUUGCAUUAGAUGUAUUAUAAAUAGGUUAAUUAUAAUUAGAUUGAUAAUAGAUUAUAAAUAAAUUAAUAAUUAUAAAUAGAUAUAAAUAGAUUAAUAAUAGAAUAGAUUAUAAAUAGACUAAUAAUUAUUAAUUAAUCGUUACUAAUAUUCAUUAAUUAAAAAUUUUUUCAUUAUUGUCUGAUUUAUAAUACAAUUAAAUACAAUAAUUGAUACAACACAGUAUAAUACAAUACAACUAAAUAUAAUACAAAUAUAAUACAAAUUAAACACAAUACAAUUAAUAUAAUACAAUUAAAUGAUUUCUUUGCCAUGGUGUGCACAUAUAUGCCUGUGAAAUGGUUUUUGGCGAGAAGGCAACGAAGCCCGGGUUUUCACCGGUGCGUUUUCAUUUCGCGGUUUGCUAAUAGAUCGCGAAGUGAGCGAAUAUUUUCACAACGGUGGGAGGGGGAGGGGCGGCCCUGUUUCUAGACGAUUUCACAAAAAAAAAAAAAAAAAAUCUCACCUUGUUACGCGCUUUUGCAGGCGGCAUCGACGGCAAGUUUCGCCACUUCGAGCAUGACGCCGAGUACAAGCUGCAGUUGAACCUGAACCACGGGCUCAAGUUCCCCUUGACUAACGGAAGCCUCUACGGCCGCUUGCACAAUCAUCAGAACAGAGGCAAAACACAAUCGCUCAACGAAGACAAUAAUUACGCUUCUCUUCCCGCAGAACUCUCUUCUUUCACCAGCUCGACCUUCGAACCACGUCACGAGACGAACGUCGUCGAUGCAACAAGAAAGAACACCGUGGACCAACAGAAGAAACGUCCAAGACCAAACGAAAGUUUCUUGGAGUUACCUGGAAGUCGUCGCAAAAUCGGUAGCACCGACGUCUUUGGUCAGAAUAUGGAGAAUCUGGUCCAACUGGACGAUCCUUGUAACAAACAGAAGUUCACGAAGAGUUUAGACGAGAUCCGUGAAGAACCACCGAGGAGGCACGCGAGAAGCGCGCUUGGAUUAGAAAAUCUAAUCACUGGUUUGGAUAACAAUCUUCAAGAAGAGCCACGCUGCCCUAGAAUCGCUCUGAGGAGAAAUCAGAGCUUCGAUCAUGCUAGAUGCCAAUCGUACCAUCGACCAGCGUUGGACUCGAGGACGUACGACUUGAAAAAGCAAGAUCAGAGGAAAGAGCAACAAAGUAUCCAGAGACAAGAGAGGACUCAGGAGGAAGGUGAUGGCUAUGACACUUCUGACGACGAGAGCUGCGACUUGGAGAACGAAGAUUUCGACACAAUGAGCUCUUACAGGAGCAGAAGUAGAAGCUGUUGUUCCGUAACUACAGUGGCUAACGACGAUUUCGAAUACUUCCAACGUAAGGGAACUAAGGUGGAACUGCUGCCCUCGAAGAGAGCCAACGAGGUAAAGGUCAGCAUGCGAUCUUUCACGCCGAGGAUCAUCGAGAACGGGACGGAAGAGAGGAGGAGCAAUCCGGUGGACACGAAGCCGAGCAUACAGUCGUAUCACUUGAAGAAAACGAGAAUAGGCCCCGGCUACUCGAUGAACGAUCUCGACAAACUGACGAUCGAACGAAAGAUGCCGAAUCUAUCGAUCGAGAGCCUGAAGAGCACGCUGAAGAACUCGGACGUCAGCUAUUUGGACAAUGGGGACAUUUGCAGACACGACAUUGGCGGAUCUGCACCUGAUUUCAAGAAAAUCUUCGUUACUGAAUUUAUAUGA